GCCGGCGCGCGCCGGGAGGAAGCAGCCGCGCGGCAGCUGCGGGGCGUGGGGGCGGCGGCGGCCAAGGCCGAGGCGGUGGCUGUGGCUGUGGCUGUGGCGGCGACUGGUGUACCUUAGCCGAAGACGGUGUUCGGUCGGGCCCCUUUGCAGGCCCCAUGGAGGCUGCGGCGGGCGGAGGCUGCGGCUCUGGGCCGCCGCCUCUGCUGCUGAGCGAGGGCGAGCAGCAGUGCUACUCCGAGCUCUUCGCGCGCUGUGCGGGCGCUGCAACCGGGGGCCCUGUGACAGGGCCCCCCGAGGGCGCCAGGGUCGUUCUAAGCGCCGCCACUGCGGCUGCCGGUCCUGUGGCCGACCUGUUCAGGGCGUCGCAGCUGCCAGCCGAGACGCUGCACCAGAUCACAGAACUGUGUGGUGCAAAGCGGGUUGGUUAUUUUGGUCCAACACAGUUCUACAUUGCUCUGAAAUUAAUUGCUGCAGCACAGUCUGGCCUCCCUGUGCGGAUAGAGAGUAUUAAAUGUGAAUUGCCUCUGCCUCGCUUUAUGAUGUCAAAGAACGAUGGUGACAUACGAUUUGGGAACCCAGCUGAGCUGCAUGGAACCAAGAUUCAGAUUCCAUACUUAACUACGGAAAAAAAUUCCUUCAAAAGAAUGGACGAUGAGGAGAAACAGCAGGAAACACAGUCUCCCACGAUGUCACCCCUCGCCUCCCCUCCUUCUUCCCCACUUCAUUACCAGAGGGUGCCCUUGAGCCAUGGCUACAGCAAACUGCGGAACAGCACGGAACAGAUGCAUCCAGCUCCAUACGAAGCUAGACAGCCACUUGUCCAGCCUGACGGACCCUCAUCAGGGCCCCCAGGAACCAAGCCCCUUCGGCAUCAGGCUUCUCUUAUCCGGUCCUUUUCAGUGGAGAGAGAACUGCAGGAUCACAACAGUAAUUACCCUGAUGAGCCCUGGAGGAUAACAGAAGAACAGCGGGAGUACUACGUCAACCAGUUCCGAUCCCUUCAGCCUGAUCCCAGUUCCUUCAUCUCAGGUUCUGUGGCCAAGAACUUCUUCACCAAAUCAAAGCUUUCCAUUCCAGAACUCUCCUAUAUAUGGGAGCUGAGUGAUGCUGACUGUGAUGGCGCCCUGACCCUGCCUGAGUUCUGUGCUGCAUUUCAUCUCAUUGUGGCCCGGAAGAAUGGCUACCCACUGCCCGAAGGGCUGCCUCCGACUCUGCAGCCAGAGUACCUGCAAGCAGCUUUUCCUAAGCCCAAGUGGGAGUGUGCAUUAUUUGAUUCUUAUUCUGAGUCAGUGCCAGCAAUUCAACAGCCUCGUGACUUGAAUCGGAUGGAGAAGACGUCUGUUAAAGACACAGCUGACUUUCCUGUCCCUACCCAAGAUGUGACCAGUGAUGACAAACAAGCUUUGAAAAGUACUGUCAAUGAAGCCUUACCAAAAGAUGUUUCUGAGGAUCCAGCAACUCCUAAGGAUUCCAACAGUCUCAAAGCAAGACCAAGAUCCAGAUCUUACUCUAGCACUUCCAUAGAAGAGGCCAUGAAAAGGGGCGAGGACCCUCCCACCCCGCCACCGCGGCCACAGAAAACUCAUUCCAGAGCCUCCUCCUUGGAUCUGAAUAAAGUCUUCCAACCCAGUGUGCCAGCUACUAAGUCAGGAUUGUUACCCCCACCACCUGCACUCCCUCCGAGACCUUAUCCAUCACAGUCUGAACAAGUCUCUGAGGCUGAGUUACUCCCACAGCUGAGCAGAGCCCCUUCGCAGGCUGGAGAAAGUAGUCCAGCAAAGAAGGAUGCACCAUAUUCUCAGCCGCCAUCAAAGCCCAUUCGUAGAAAAUUCAGACCUGAAAAUCAAGCUACAGAAAACCCAGAGCCUUCUACCAUUGUAGGUGGGCCAACUUCCACAGCAGCCAUGAAACCUCAUCCUACAGUCCAAAAGCAGUCUUCCAAACAGAAGAAGGCCAUUCAGACUGCUAUCCGCAAAAAUAAAGAGGCCAAUGCAGUGCUGGCCCGGCUGAACAGUGAACUCCAACAGCAGCUCAAGGAGGUUCAUCAAGAACGGAUUGCAUUGGAAAACCAAUUGGAACAACUUCGUCCAGUCACUGUGUUGUGACCCCCUAAGGUUCAAGUGACAGUGGGUGACCUUGUCUGCCAAGAUAUUUCCUUCAAAUGUUUGAGCCCAACUGCUUGUCAUAGAUGUCUAGCUGUGUCAAAAGCUGUAAACAGCAGAAUAUAAUCCAUAUGACCUUUUCUCUUGCACUUCACUUGUACAUUUCACUGUGGUGGAAAAAAAUACUUCAACUGAUUAUCACACUUGAAAUUAUAAUGAUGGUCAGUGAAAUUUAUCCCCUGCUCUUAAGUACUUUCUCAAAGUGAUAGAUGCUGCUCCUUACCCAAAAUCAGUCUUCUAGCAGUUAAAAAUAAUUUAGAGCAUUAUUUAUUUAAAGAAUUUAUGAUUUGUACAAAAUCUUAUAACCAAGUACCUUCAGGAUGCUUGUUUUAUUUUUGUAUGUUUAUCACAUACAAUAGAUUGGUUUCCUGAAUAAUUGGGAUUCCAACUGGAUAGUCUUUGGCAUGAUGAUAAUAAAAACAAAAGUUAAAAUAAAAUUAAAGCAUCAGAUUGAGCUUGGCACUAUGCCCUCCACCACUAUAUGCCAAAAAUUGCUUCUCUAGUGCCAUUUUGAUAUUCUAUCUAGCUAUAAAUAAUUCAUCACUAUUGUUUUCUAUUGAAUGUCAAAUGCUUAUUGGUCUUUAUACCUCUGUAAAGUGAAGAUUUUGGCAAUGAGCUGUUUAACUUGGCCAGUUACAGGCCAUCAACCCAGAAAACUCAGUCCUUUCAUGUAAUUUUUUGGGCAAGAGUGAUCUACUUUAACUGCCUCACCUGAACAAAGUAAAUAAAUAGUUGCCAGAUAGCUACUUUUAUUCUGCAUGAGAUAACAUAUCUAUAAAUGCAUGAGUUUGGAAACCACCGUCAAAUAUGAAAAGCUGAUGAGACUGAAUUGAUAAAAAAUUGUUGUUUGAACCCAGGUAUUCAGACUGGGGAAGAAGGGAAGAUGGUUUUUAGCAUCAUUCCAAUAAUCUCUGGUAGUUAUUUUUUCUUAUUAUAACCUAGAUUGUGAAUGUAUUGGGUAUAAAGAAAUAAUGAAAGAAAGCAAACCUCACACUGGAUAUAUGAUUAUUUUGGUCUCUGUGAAGUGUACCCUUGGGAAGUGAUUGCACUAUAUCAGUUUCAGGAGGAGCACUACACUAACUAUAGUGUAGACGAUAUAAAAAACAAUAAGCUUAAAUUGCAGAAGCGGGUAUUCUAUAGAAAUUUAGUAGCUGCUGCUUCUCCUGAGAGCUCCAACUGAAAGUGGGAAUGGACUGACACCACAGGGUCACAGGGGCACAGGACCACUUAUCCUCACAGGGAUGCCAGCUUUAACAUCACUUUGAGAGUUUAAUGGCGAGAAGUACUGUCUUUGUAUAUUUUGUUAACUUACCCAUUCUUAGCAUAAUAGAAUUGGGUAUAUCUAGGUCCUUUUUCGAGUGGUUUUGGAUAGGUUUGCAAUAUGUGGAAUUAAGCUUUUGAUUUCAGUAGAGUUGAGAGCUUUUAGAAAAAGUGGACAUUUAUUUAAUGUUUAUUUUAUUGGCAAGCUUUAUCAAUAGCUUAAUGGCAAAAGUGAAAGGCUCAAACACAUGAUGCAUUUUAAAGAAAAACAAAUUGUUGAAUCUUUUCCAUGCAUAUUUAAGGAGUUUGAAUUGGUUUGAUUUUUGAAAAUCAUAAAAAUUGAACCAUUUCUCUAUUCCCCUGCCACCAUCCCCCACCUACCCAUGCUUGGCUGUAGUUUUUGUUCUUUUUUGGGGUGGGGGCAAGGAUUGGGAGUGAGUUUCAGUACUUACUAAGAUUAUGAAUAGGUCAGUGCAAAUUUUCAGGUAACCUCAUUUCCCAUGUUCUGAGGUCUGGGGAGCUGCAACAAAUUUUAUCAACAGUCUUCUCAUUGCAGAUAUUUCACAGCAUGUUUGGCCUUUGGUACAUUCAAUCCAGCAAUGACUAGCAUAUGCACUUUAUCUCAUAAUCUUCCAGUACAUAUGUACUCACUCGGGAUAGCACUUCAUAUCUGUUAGCCAGACAUAUAAACUAAGGAAUGUUAGUCUAUGCUAUGCAUUUAAAAAUAUUGACAUGCUAUUUCUCCUCAUGAAGCCAGUGACAAAAUGAGCCAAAUUAGGAGGUCGAGUUUUGUUUAGUUGGUUUGGUUUUCCUUAAAGCAAAAAUAUUGCAUUGGACAAUCAAAGCCCCCUGAGUUUCACAGUCUCACCAGUAUUUUAAGAUAGGCAUGGCAUUAAAGCACAAACCCAGCCUUCUCGACUAGACUUAAUUUGGACCACAGUUUAUUAGUUGCUUAGAAGUGGAUUUUUUAAAAAACAAAUAUUUGUAUGUGUCUUAUUUUAAACACACACACACACACACACACACUGUAAUAAACCUAACUAGUGUCCAUCCUUAUUUCUAUUUUCUUGGGAUGUGCACUUUUAACUUAGAAUUAUAAUGCCUGAUAAUGUUUCUGUGAGCCUUUAAUGUGAUUUAUAGAAAGGCUAGGUUAUUAAAAUCACCAUUAUACCUCUUCUAUAAAACUACUCCAAAAUUAGAUCUGCUUAUUAAGGGCAGAAUUCUAUAGACAAGGUUAAUGUUGCCCCAUCCACUGGGGGUUUAAUUACCUUGUUGUUCAGUGGUCUUCUCCCGUGGGGUCCUCCAGUCCUGGAGAUGAAAGCACAGCAGAAGCUGAUAGUGGGCUGAUAGAGUUCCUUAGUGUCUCUUGUAUGUGGCAUAUUAUGUUUGCCAUCUCUCUAUCCAGCAGGCAUGAAACAAAAUCCAAUAGAUAUCUUGAAUGGAUGUGAAUAUUGUGAUGAAGACUAAUAUUUGUCUUAUUUUGAAGGAUCUAGAUGCUUUACAAAUAUUAGACAAGUGCUUGAGCCUAAUUGGGAGAGCAGGCAGCUUAGCUGGAAGCUGUGCCCAGCUUACUAUCACUAGAGAAGACGACAUCAGAACUGAGCAGAACUGGUGUCCAUUUCUUGUAGUUUGCACAUUUGGAACAGAGGCCCGAACAAACAACAGUUCCUGUGCUAAGAGUCCAUAGAAAGAGGAUAGCUCUUUUCCAUAGAAAAAGGUAGUUGGUGGCAGAGUUGUGAUGCCAGUGAGAUUAUGUAGAUUCUCAGUGAGAUCCUCUAUAUCAAUACUAAACGUAGAUUAAGAAGGUUUUUUUUUUCUAUUUACCAUGUUAAAUUUUACUGACUUAAUUAAUUACUCUAUGAAAGCGUGCAAGAAGUUAUUGACCUAGAAAUUUCUGACACUGAAGUAAAAAAUAAAAUCUGAAGGAAAAGAAUAUGAUUGAACCAUUUGUUCUUCUGAACACCUCUCCUUUCAUGAUGCAAUAAGUUACUCUGAAUUUCUUGGCAGAAAUUUUGACAGCUGUUGGUUUGAAUGGGUACCACCCCCAUAUUCCUUAAGGGAUUGUGUUUUUCAAAUAGACUACUGUGAUUGAAAUGAACUCAGUAUGUAGUAAGCUGCAGUUUUCCUCAAUAUAUUUUCAGGUACUCAGGUCACAAAUGUUCAAUUUCAGCAUAUUUUAGGGUGAGUAAUCAAAAACAUGAAUUUUUCUUUGAUUUCCUACUGAUAUCUGAACUGUCGUAAAACGUUCUUCUCUUCAGAUCUGAUUUAUUCUGUAGUCUCUCUCUAAAUAAUAUUUGUUUCUAAAAUUAUCUCAUAGCCAUGGUAAUAAUGGAUGUAUGGCCAGAAGAUUAGUAAGGUAAUAUCUUGAAUUGAUGUGUUUAUUGUAAUUAAGACAGACAUUUGCAAAUACCUUCUAAGCCAUAGUUGGAAAGCUCCCAAUUAUGAUAUAACACAAUAGAGUGAAAAACAUUUGUUCAGUACAAACUAGUAUCAUACCUGACUAGAUAUCACUAAGGGAAUGUGAUUUUAGAAAUUAUAUAUAUAAAGAUUUUAACAAAUCAUACCAACUAGAUCCUUCCAUGUUAUUGACAACAGGGCUCAUUUGGUUGUGGUUUGAACAUCAUGCAUGUGAACAAAAUGAAAUAGCAGUUAAGAGGUCUGUUUUCCCUUCUAGAUAAAUAGAACACUAGUAACUUUGGUUUCUCUUUCCAGCUGGUUUAGUCCGUUUCAAGUGCACUCAUUUAGAACUCUUAUUUCAAAGCAUAAGUUGAAUCUAUACUUUAGUUAUGGGCAUUUUGUUAUGGUUUUUUGCCUCAAGACCCAGUGUGGUUCAAGUUCCUGGUUAGAAGUGGAGAUUUGGGUUUUCUGAGUCCUCAGCCAUUAUGUCUUCUCCUCUGGUGGCACAGACUGAGGAAGGCUGCCCACCAACACUGACAGAUGGGCCACUGAUGACAGUUUGAAUGUGCAUCUUACUCUCUGAGCCAACCUGCCUGGCUUGUUUGUAGGGAGAAAUGCAUCUAGUUAUGUGAACCUCCCACGAGCAAUCCCAAGGGCAGCAUACAGAGGGCCAGACUUUAAAAGCAAUACAAGCAGAUUCUAAGAGCUGCUGCCCUCCCCUGAAAUAGACUUUCAGAAGCUGCCAACCAGUGUGCCCUGAAGCAACCAGUUAGUGUGAGCAAGACAUUCUAGACACACAGUGCUUUUAGACUUGUGUGGUGGUUUUCUGCAUUGAUAAAGGAAGCUUUUCUAAGAAGCAUUGUAGGACUUCAGUUGACAGAGUUUGUUCUAGUUACAGAAGCCUUGCUCUAAUGUCAACAGUUGAGGAAUGCUUAUUUUUCAUGUUUAGAGAAUUCUCUCUUGCUGCAAGCUAAUUCCAUGGACAAGGAAUAUUGGAUAAAGUGGGUUUAUGGCUCUGAAGAUCAGAGGAUACCAGACUUUAAGAGAAUUUAAAUAGGACUUUGAGGACUCCAAUAAGGACAGCUUCAGGUACCAGUUCUGUCCUAAAGCACUCUGCUGGACAACGGGACUGGCUCCUUCCGGGAGCUUUGCCCUGUGACUGGAACAGUUGAUGUGGCAAACCUCAUUGUGUGCAACUUGGAUCAGCUGAGUUGUGUUACGUUUAUUUUAAGUCAACUUGUGUGAGAGUUGGGAACUGGAUAUACCCUUUUCUUUAGCACUGCCAUUCUUUUUAUCUUCAGCACAAAUAAGAUGUUCUAAUGAGCCAGAGCCAAGAAGAGCCAUUUUAGUCUUUAUAGCUAUUGGACAAGAAAGAUAAUGAGCUGAUGGUCUAUUUUAACUUCAAAAGUAAAAAUGUAUAUUUUUUCACAAGUACAUUGAACAUAAAAAGUGUAACAGCAAAGUCUAUAUUUGAUGCCUUCUGUCUUUUCAUGGUAAUGUGCUAACAAGUUGUGUUAAUAUUUUACUCAGCCAGAGUCUUAUUCAUUUGUAAGCAUUGGGAAUAUUAUGUAUAUUGACCUUGAACAUAAUAAAUCCCUGAGAGUGUCCUAUAUUUGGAUUGUGACUUGUGGACUCAAGCUAACCUUACUGCCUCUUGUUCACACUUGUUGAAAAGUCUGUGAAGAACAUAGUAGGGUAAGGAUCUCCAACUUUGGGAAAUGUACAUGAUGUGAAACUGGGGUGCUAUAUUAAAAAUAAAUAUAUGAUAACUAA